AAAGCGAUUUGCAGUUGAUUGGCUUCUGCUGCAUGCUGCAAUUCAAAGGUGCUCCCGACUGUUUGUGAAGUUCACCUCAUUUUGCUAAGAGGUGCGUACGUUCAGAGCAGGAGCAAAAGUGAGGACAGCCUUCAGCUUGUUAACUGGUUCCCAGUGUCCCACCCCACCCCCCCACGAUAGUUCUGGCUACAAAUGGACAUCGGCCCCGUAAAGCAGUGGCAAUGGAGGUGAUCCCUCCCUUAAAAAGCGAGAUCUCUCCACUAUACUCGGAGGAGGAGAUAGAGCCCUUCAAGGAUGACGAGGAUUACAAAGAGAACGGGGUUCUGUGCAGAAGCCCCGAUUCGUCCCACAAAGCCUCGGAAGCGAGCGGGGGCAAAGUGACCUCCAGCCUCUGGGAGAAAGAGGAAUCCGUCCACUUCUCUAAUAGUUGCUCGGCCGUCCAGAGUCCCGUCGCCUGCAACAGCAAUGGAGAUGCCAACGAAUUGCAGCGCCCCCUCCCUUCAGGCACCUGUGGACUCCAGCUGCCCCGAGAGAACUGGGGCAAGAAAGCAGACUUUCUGUUCUCCGUCAUAGGCUACGCCGUCGACCUGGGCAACGUGUGGCGCUUUCCGUACAUCUGUUAUCAAAACGGAGGAGGUGCUUUCCUUAUCCCCUAUCUCCUGAUGGCAGUGUUUGGUGGGAUACCUCUGUUUUAUAUGGAGUUGGCUAUCGGGCAGUACCACAGAAAUGGAGCAAUUUCAAUCUGGAGGAAAAUAUGCCCAAUUUUCAAAGGGAUUGGGUACGCAAUCUGUAUAAUCUCUCUAUUCGUCGCCUUUUACUACAACACGAUCAUGUCCUGGGCUGUCUACUACCUCUACUUCUCAUUUACCACUGAGCUCCCCUGGGCCAGGUGUAACAACGGGUGGAACACUCUGAACUGCACCAACUAUUUCCACAAGAAAAAUACGACCUGGACAAAGAGCUCCACAUCUCCGGCAGAAGAAUUUUUUACUCGCAAAGUUCUUCAGGUCCAUCGAUCGAGUGGUCUCGGAGACCUUGGCGGAGUCAGCUGGCAGCUCGCGCUCUGCCUCUUGUUUAUCUUCACGGUGGUCUACUUCAGCAUUUGGAAAGGCGUGAAGACCUCUGGAAAGGUGGUGAGGGUGACAGCUACUUUCCCUUACGUGGUGCUGGUUAUUCUCUUGAUCCGCGGAGCUACGCUGCCUGGAGCCUGGCGAGGGAUUCUCUUCUACAUUAAGCCCGAGUGGAGUAAACUUCUAACCAGGCAGGUGUGGGUCGACGCAGCAGCUCAGGUCUUUUUUUCGCUCGGACCGGGGUUUGGUGUGCUCCUGGCGUUCGCCAGCUACAACAAGUUUAACAAUAACUUCUACAAGGAUGCCUUGGUCACCAGCGCUAUCAACUGUAUGACCAGCUUGUUCUCUGGCUGCGUCAUAUUUACUGUCCUUGGCUACAUGGCAGAGAUGAGGAAUGAAAAGGUGGAAGAUGUGGCCAAAGACACUGGAGCCAGUCUUCUCUUCAUCACUUACGCGGAGGCGAUAGCCACAAUGCCGGGGUCUACGUUUUUUGCCAUAAUAUUUUUUGUGAUGCUGAUUACUCUGGGCUUAGACAGCACGUUUGCAGGCUUGGAAGGAGUGGUGACAGCAGUGUUGGAUGAGUAUGCAGAGUUACUUAGAAACCGCCGUGAAUGGCUCGUCUUGGGUCUGGUCAUUGUCUGCUACCUGGGUGCUCUGAGCACCCUGACUUACGGCGGAGCAUACGUUGUGAAGCUGUUUGAAGAAUACGCUACGGGAGCAGCUGUUAUUACUGUGGUGUUUCUGGAAGCGAUAGCUGUCUCGUGGUUUUAUGGAAUGAAGCGCUUCUGCAGGGACAUCAAAGAAAUGCUUGGCUUUAGCCCUGGUUGGUUCUGGCAGAUAUGCUGGGUCGCUAUCAGCCCAAUUUUCCUCAUGUUCAUCAUUGCCAGCUUUCUGUCAACUCCCCCAGUACUUAAGCUCUACAACUAUACCUACCCCUAUUGGACUGCAGUGGUUGGCUACUGCAUCGGUACUUCAUCAUUCAUCUGCGUCCCAACCUACAUGGUUUACAAAAUUGUGAUUACUCCGGGAACAUUUAAACAGCGGAUUUUGAAAAGCAUAACCCCAGAACUCAACGAGAAUGAAGGGGCCAAUUCUGGCAUCCACCUGAAUGAUGUUAAUGCAUUGGAUAACCCUUAACCUCUUGGCCCGACUGCUGAUGAGCAUAGCCAGUGGAAAUGAGGAGUCAGAACACAUGCCAGAGUAACAGACACCAGGACACGCAAUGAUCCUCAAAACUGAGCGUGUUGAUGUCAGCAAUCCUUUCAAAGUCUUUAGGUUUUUCCGUUAAUCUUUCUGUACGAAAGGUCUGCUUAAAAAAAAAGGCCUAAGUGAUAAAAGGUCAGAAAAAUCUAUCCAUUGCUCAUCAUUGCCUGUGAGGCGUGACACACAUUGUUUUAUAACGAAAGAGUUUCCAUGACUGCAAUGGACUGUUACGUCUUUUUAUGAUAUACUUUGUGUGCGUACGACUGAGUGAUUGGUAUUUCUAUUUAUAAGUAAGCAAGUUAUUUGUGAAUUUAUAACGUGUAAGGAUGUUUAGCUUUAAAUGCUUACAAAUAGCUUGUUUAUUGAAGGGGAAGAGCACAAACAAAAAUAAUUUGGAACGACUUAGUUUGCGUUUUUGACCAACACAGAAUGGAACAGACCGUUUGUCGUUUGUAAGCGAUCAAUUCGAAAUUGAUCAUUACUUCUGAUUCCGUUUAUUGACUACUCCUCUGCGUUCAGGGUGCCUUAUUCCCUUGAGAAGUCUUUUUAUUUCCACAUUGGGUCAUUGCUUGUUAACAAAGGCAGGUAAAUGGGAUGCAUGCAAAAGUAAUCCAAAAGGAAGAAAUAACUGGAAUGGUGAAUAGCUGUCUAACUUUUUUUUAAAUUUACAUAACCAGUCUUCAGUUUGAAUUUGCAAGUGAAGUCAAUAUUAUUUUUUACAGAAAGUUAUGACACCUACUUUUAUUUUAGAAAAUGUUUUUAAAAGAUGGGUUGAAGUAUCGAAUUUCGUUUCACAUUCUUGCAAAACAGUUUCACGUUUGUGACUGAUCAGUUAUACUUCCCACAGUGCAUGAAUGCAUGCACACACACACACACCCCUCACAGCUUGUGUAAAACUGUGACUUGUGAAAAGCUUGAUAACAUUUCAAUUGAAUUGUAUGCUCACGCACUUAAAACCUGAUGUUUAGGUCAUUUAAAAAUGUAUCGGGAUCGGAAUUCGCUAUUUUUUUUUAAAAAAAUCAUUUAAUUGCUCUCUUGCAUUUGCGGUUUAAAUUUUUUUUAAAUACAGUAUUUGUGGGGUUGAUGAGUUUGCUUAUGCAACUGCUGUUGUAUCAAAUCAUCCUUGCAUAUCUACCUUAUGUCGCUUGUCUUGUGUGUUUAUUCAAAUUACUGUAAGUGAAGUCUAUGUGUUACUGUCAACUGUCUUUGUCCAGUAUAUAUAUGUGUAUGCAAAUUAUAUUUCUAAACUGUUGUAACAAUUAUCAUGCAAAUGUGUGCCUACAGUUCUUGCUCUUAUUUUACAUGGUGACUGAAUAAAGUUUAUCAUUUCCAUUA